GGUUUAGUUUCCCCAAACACGCCUUCCCUCCCCUUAUUUGACUCUCGCGCUGACGCUUGCGUUACGUUUCAGGAAAUAAAAGUAAACAACGGAUUCCAGAAGGAAAAUGAUAUUUACUCGUCCACGUUCGUGCCGUCUCUUUGAUUUUUCAUCCUCCUUAUUAAUUAUUUAUGAAGGCAUUACAUUUCGAGAAGACAGGCCUAGUUAAAUACAAACUGGAAGCUGGUGAAACUCCCGCAGAGCUCAGAGAAAGCGGAUGCGGCAGCCGCUAAGGAGAGCUAGCUCGACAUGGCAUUUUUCUGUUUGAGUUUGUUUACAGCAGGGGAUGCUCUCACGACAAUGACUUAAACACAACUCGUCGACAUUAGAUUUAGCAAUGUUAGCCAUCAGAUCUUCAGACGAGGAGUCCGCUGAGAUUGAGGAGAUGGACACCUCAGAGCCAAACUGGUGCUGGUUCUACUUGGCCGAAUGUGGAGUGUGGCACAUGUUCGAGAUCGAUCCCAGCGCAGCCUGCUCAGUGACCAGCGCUCAGAUUGAGCAGUGCUACAACAGGAACCAGCGAGGGGUCAUGGAGUUCUACACAGCCAAAUACACCUACAGACUGGACUUCUCGGUUAUGCGACAGAUUAACGUGACAACAGGAAAACAGAGGCCAAUCAAACGCUCCCUGCACUGUGCCACUGGCUUCCGGUUUAUUUGUGACAAUCUGGCUUUGCCUGUGCCAUGUCAUUGGGAGAGAAUCAAUACAGACGAGCCCUAUCAGCUUAUCCAGCUCGGCAGAGACACAUACGAGUUCAAAGAAGUCGCCAGGCUGUACGAUAGGACCAUGGAUCAUCCAAUAAAAGCCAUCCAGAGGAUCCAGAACUUGGACUUGUGGGAGUUCUUCUGCAGGAAGAAAACGCAGUUGCGAAAAGUCAAGCGAACUCUGGAUAUCGAAGAGCGAAUGCUGUUCCAUGGAACAGGACACAGCAACAUACAAGCUAUUUGUACGUUUAACUUUGACUGGCGUCUGACAGGGAGUCAUGGCGAUGUUUAUGGCAAAGGGAGCUACUUCGCCCGCGACGCCAAAUAUUCCAGUAAAUUCUGCCACACGACCGGGAAACACAACACCACCUUGCAGAGGCACGGACUCGCUCCGCCUAUAUUUGCCAACGAGCCGCCCUAUAAAACCAUGUUCCUCGCCAGAGUGCUCGUCGGCGAAUACACGGUCGGUCAUCCCAUGUACUGCAGGCCGCCCUCCAAGGACGCCAGCUUUACCAACUUCUACGACAGCUGCGUGGACGAUAUGGCCAACCCAAAGAUAUACGUUAUAUUUGACAGCAAUCAGAUCUACCCAGAGUAUCUGAUCGAGUUCUACUGAUGAGGAAAGAGUUGACGAACAGAUUCGAUUUGUGGAAAUGGGAGAGAAAAAAACAAAAACAAAAACAAAAAACAAAAAACGUCACUUCCAGUGAGUAACUGGAGUAUUGGAUUUUUUUUUAUUUUAUUUUAAAGUGCCUUUGGAAAAUGUUUAAAAAGUCGGAAAACAAUGGUGGCAUUCUGCACACUUUGCUCAAAAGUUAAAAGUACUGACAUGUGUGCAGUGUUUUGUACUAUACGUCACUUUGCUUGUCACACAGUCUGCGUAGAGUGGCUUCAGUUUGGAGAUUUAAGGCAGUGUUCCAACUCUGACCCCUCGUCUUAUUUUUAAUCCACAGUGCCAUACAUAUGCCUCUUUAUAAUACCAAAAAUACGAUGUGGUCUCAUAUGUUAGUUUGUUACAACGAAGGACUGCGAGUGCCUGCAUUCGUUAGCAGUAGUUUACAUACAAUCCUGUUGGCAUUAAUUUCAUGACCGUGUGUGGCGAUUAUGAUGAUUUCUGAUGAUUCUCUUUCUAGGGAAAGAGUGAUUAUACAACAUACCACUACAAGGAAUUUAGUGAGCAAAAGAUUUUUAAUUUUUCCCCAAUUGGCGGCUCAAAAUGAUAAACACAGACUUUGGACAACUACCAUUAUUAAGUUGUAGUUUGAUGGGAGUUUGGCUCAUCGCCUGACUGUGUCCAAAAUUCAGCCAUUUACCCCAAACCUCCAUUAAGAGAACAUUGGUUAGGGUGUUGCAACUCUCUAAAGACCGUUAAGCCAAAAAUGGAAGUAGUAUUUUUGAGCUUUUAGGUAUAAUUUUACCCUUCACUAAAAAAAAAAAACACACUCACAAUUUAUUCACAUGGAUUCGUCUGAUCAAAAUCCAUUGAAGUUGUGUGUUGCACAAACUUUACAUUAGCUGUUCCGAUCGCAUAAUUAAGCAAACGGUUGACGUUCAGGCCGUCGAUAAGUGUAUGUAAACUUCUGACUGGUAAUGCAGCAGUGGUCCUUCAAGGACAUUCCUGGCAACACUUCCCCUAAAACCUUUAGCGCACCAUGAGUCACCAUGGCAUAACAUCCAAAGCAACACUCUUACUGUCGCCGUUAUUAUUUAAGCGUGACCUUUUGACGAGUUGUUCUCAUAAUAAGCUUCUACCUCUGUGUUAUUUAAACCAUGCAUCAGUGCACUUUUUACCCUUUCUGUGAAAGGUUUUACUCCUGACUGUGUCACCGCGACACAAACUUGUGAUGGAUAUGUUCGUCCGUAGCUCCCAAGUGUGUCUUUAGAGGUUUUGACGACUGAACUUGCGUUUUUAUUUUGUUACUAAGGGUCUGCGGCUUAGUUCGUGUCCGUCGGAAACCAGGUGAGCGUCACAUUAGAAAUGCAGUCCUAUAAGUGUGAGAACAUCACCAGCUGUACCUGAGGACAAAAAAAACGAGUCACCUUUGCACCUAGAGUACAUUUAACCCGUUACAAAGCAUAACGUGCUUCGUCAAAGUAUCUGUACGCCUUAAACUUUUCCCCAUUUGCCACAUUAUAACGAUGUAAUGUGUUUUAUUGGGAUUUUAUCUGAUGAGACAGAUUGUCAAAAUUUAA